AUGUUAGAUCUCGAUGUUAGUUCCGCCAAAAAUAGGGGUGUAAAUUCAAACACAGAACUUCUGUUAGAAUCCUUGAACAAUUUGCCAAAAUACCUAGAAAAUUGUCUAAAAGAUCACAUAAACAAUUGUUUUCCGAAUGGAACGACAACAUUGCUGGAUAAUGAAGUAUAUAAGCUGAGUAUACAGGAGUUUAACUCUCUAUUUAAGCUGCCACACGAUUCUUCAACGGAGUCCAGUAAAGAAUCGACUUUUCACAGCAGUUUUAUCAAAUUUAUCGCACGUCUAGAAUCUGUAGAUUUAGUUAAAUGUACAAUAUUUAGAACAUAUCCUCUAUUGAGGAACAUACUGAUAGUAGUUGAGGCACACAUCCUAUACACAUUUAAGGGCCUGAACCACGAGACGUUUUCGUCUAAAUUUUUUAAGUUCCUGCUUGAAAAUGAUAGGUUUUGUUACGUUCUGGACUCGUUUUACAGAGAGAACAGGAUACGAGUGUCCACCCAUGAAGCUAUGAAGGGCUUUAACUACGGCUCCUUCCUACUUGAAACAUCACUCAGGGCACUGGAGUUGGUUUGCAGCACCUUAUCGGAAAACAAUAAGGCACACGAGAAUGGGCCGACGAGCGAACACGAGCUGCUGGAGUUUUUUAUCAUAUUCAACUAUAUGCAGAGAAUUUUGGCUCAGUUUUUAGUGCUCGCUAUUCUGAAGAACGGAGAGAUGAACCAGAACAGAGGCCAGAAGAGGGAUGCCUGUGCCACCAAACAGGACGUCAACGGAGAAUAUGGGAAGAACGAAAAGAUCAUAAAGAUGAGUCUGUCGACGCUGAGAGCGCCAAAGUACGUCAGAGAACAUAAGUUCAUAAACAAGUGGUCCCUGUACUUCUUUAUGCCGAUCUACCACGUAUUGUCAGCAGGGUUCUCAGCGACGACGGAGUAUGACUCGAUAAGCAAUCAGCUACUGGAGGCGUUAGUGGAGUCUCUCAACAACUUUGCACCUCUGUUGUGGCUGGAGCCCUCGAAGGCGCUGAACAACCUGGAAAACUUGCUGCUUCUGCACUCAAUAAACCUGUUGAAGUUAAACGAAGUCGUUAGCGAUCACUCGACGUCACUGUACAACCAAAUCGUGGGAAACAUGGUGUCCAAGAAGAACGAGAAGUCUAACAAGUCUAACCCGCUCUCAAGCAACGCAUCUUCGAGGGACCUGACGACCUAUUUCCAGAAGAAUCAAAUGAAGGCGGGCCUGACAGAGUACUCUAAGUUUCUGGAAACGCUGGUUAAGUUUAACCUGAAUUUCCUGAACAGACUGAAGAACGAGAAGGACACGAGUGUGUUUUACAGCUCAAUAAACACGCUGUCAAACUUCAUAUCUAACGUCGUGCGCAUAAUACUCCUCACCGACGGAAUGGAGUACCUGAGUAGGAAGAACCCGAACUCGGAAAUGCAAUUCUUCCUCAAGUUCAGCAUAGAAAAGUUGUGGAACCUCUCAGUAUCUAUACUACAACGCUUCCCUUUCACCGUGAUUAACGCGCUCUUCUAUUACCUGGGCAGCCAGUUCAACAAGGAAAACGUGCUGGCGCAGAUAUACGUUUUCAACGCAAUUGACAGCUCACAGCUGAAGCCAGAGGAGUAUUUAAGCUACAUUAAGAUGCUGGACUAUGUGCUGGACAACUCUAAGAAUCUGUUCGUUAACCCAGUUUCGUUUGAAAACGCCAAGAAAAACUCGAAGAGGUUGAAGUUUAAGUACCUGUCGAUUAAAUUCUCUGAAAUUUGUACAAUAUUUGUGAAUGAAUUGGUUUCAAACACCGACAACAGAUCAGGAAUGGUCGAAUUGUUCGCCUCAUGGUGCUACUCUACAAACGUAUAUCACACUCUGCUUUCGAAGCAGCUUUGUAACUUCGUAAUAAGGCUGAUAGAGGCCAAGACUGCCUAUGUACACAUCUCAAAAUACGUUUUGGAUAUUGUCUUGGGAUUGUGCUUUUUCACCCAUUUUGAUAAGUUUAAUGAUAAUAGUGUGAAUACGUAUAGCAAGAUUAACAAUUUCGAUUCCAGUGAUGAAGCAGAAGAAAGGAGUGACGACGACGAUGUCGAAGAUCUCGACGGUGAGGACGAAGAGGAUAAAGAGGAAGAUUACACGUUCACAAUUGACCCGCACCAGCUGAACGCAUUUAAUUAUAUAACAAUCCUAUCGAAUUCGGGAGUCAUAUUGACGUGGCUGAUGGAAAAUGUGACAUUACCGUACACCUGUGCAUUUGUGGAAUCACUGAGAACUUUGCUCAAAGGCAUACAUGAGCAAUGCAACUGUAUCAUAUGUAAGUACCAGUGUUACUUCGCGGAACAAUUAAACACACCCUGUUUUUGCUACGAUAGCUUAAUCGUUAACGGGAACCCCUCUAUUUCCCACUACCUGGAGUUUAUAAACGCAAUAGCUACAAGUAUAAAUACGAGUGAUGCCAAAUUGAAGAGUUUAUCGGAAUUUUUCAUAUCGACACUUAUCGGCGUCCUGGAGCAACUAGUAACUGUGCUGAACAACUUACAAGAUAAUGAAAAUUUAAAGUUGAACAUAGCAAUAUUUAAAAUAGCAACCAAGUUGACGAAUGUGUCGGUGAGCAUUGGACACGACGAGUCUAAAAGCGCGACGUAUUCGAGUCUGAUAAGUCUUUUCUGCGUGCUCGGGGCGCCGCAACUGCGUAAGACGAGAGAUAGGACGAAGAGCAGGCUCUUCGCAGAGCUGCUGGGGAUACUUAACAAGGUGCUCUCGAGGGACCAGAACGACGAGUUUCUAAACCUGCACAAGAGGCUGCUCGACAUACUCGUCAAGAAGAUGGAAAAGUAUCCGCUUUUGCUGCUGCCGCUGGGAUUCCACCGGAAAAACAACGAACUCUUGGUGAGGGACUACGCAGCUGCGAUUCCGUCGAUUCUGGACAACGCUACGAAGCUGGACUCGCACACAGCGAGGCUCCUAUACAGCUACUACGUGUGGAAGUUCGCCAGGAACAACAACCUCGACGACAAGAACGGUGGAUUCUCAAGGGACCUGGCGAUCAUGAGCACGGAGAACGAGCCGCACCUGGGAGUCAUCGUUAACGUGUUCUUUAUGCUCUCGCACAAGAUCCAGGAUGUUCCUUCGGAGGCAAAACAGGACUGGAUUUUAAACUUCCAGUGA